GUCCAAAGGCUUUUUUCUCUGUCCAUCCUGCAUAUCACUAGCUCCACUUCUGGAACGCUGCUUCCUGCUCCCCGGUUGUUUCGUCGUCCCUUAAUGGAUGGAUGAGUAGGCCCCUAAGCACACCAUCUCUCUAUGUCUCUUUGCUCACAUUCCAGUCAGAAGGAAGGAAAAAUGAAUAUUAUGUUUUUUUUUUCUUUUUCUUUUUCCUGCUCAUGGACUCUGGAAGUCACUUCCGCCCCUCUCUCCCCUCUUUUGCUUUCUCUCUGUCUCUCUCUCUCGCCCUUGUGAAAUCUGUGCGUGCUAGAAGCUUCGAUUAGCGAAAGGAUCGUCAGAACAAGGAAAAAUAACUGAACCCAGAACA